AUGGCGGAUAAAGAUGCUAUGGAUAUUUACCACAAAGAUUAUGAGGAACAUUCACAAGAUGAUGGAGACCAAAUAGAUAUUUAUGAUGAUGUUAUGGACCCUACUCAUAAUGAGAACUCCGGUAACAGCACUCCACGCAGUGAAGAGAAUACCGAGAGUUUUCAUUACUCUUCUUCAUACUCUGGCAAGAAGUACCAGUUGUAUAUUGGAAAUCUGACAUGGUGGACAACUGAUCAAGAUAUUGCAGAUGCUGUGCGCUCAGUUGGUGUACAGGAUUUUUUAGAAGUCAAAUUUUUUGAAAAUCGUGCUAAUGGUCAAUCCAAAGGAUUCUGUUUGAUUUCUCUUGGAUCAGAGGAGAGUUCAAAGAUAUGUCUUAAGGCUUUACCUCGCAAAUAUAUUCAUGGCCAAAAUGUUGUUGUCACCUAUCCCACAAAAUCAGCAUUGACAAAGUUUGAGAAUGAAGCUAAGAUGAGGUCACCCGCGGCCGGUAACAAACAAGGUCAGCAGAGCCAGAUGCCCCCUCGGGGCCAGCAGCCUGGUGUACUGACCAAUGCGCUGCCACCAGAUCAGGGCCCCAGGCCGCAGCACCACCACCAGCCACCGCACUACAAUCAGCAGUGGCAUCAUAACGGCAUCCGCCAUCCUGGACCACCUAGGGUUUCUGGACCUCCUCACCAUAUGCAGCAGCAAGGACCCCCUCAGCCACCUCCUGGCAUGUACCCAGGACCUCCUAGGAUGCCUGGACCUCCAAUGGACCAGCAUGGACCUCCCCCACCACGUCCUGACUGGCCUAGACCUCCAGGUAUGCAGGGACCAGGUUACGGUCCAAUGGUGGGCCAGGGCAUGCAAGGGAAGCAGCAAGGUAUGCCGAUGCCUGGCAUGCACCAGCAGGGGCCUCCACCUCCUCGCCCAGCUCCACCUAUUCAAGGAAUGCCUCCAAACCAGAACCCUGGAGGACCUUACUUCCAACCUGCUCCUCCGCCUAGGCCCCCACCUCCGGGGCCUUCUAUGGAUUUUGGACCACCGCCUCCUCAGACACGUCCCCAUCACCCACCCAUGCAACAGUACCCGAUGGGAGGUCAGCAGCCACCACCUCAGCAGCAGCCGCUUGUCUCGAUGGAUAAACAGCCGCAGUUCUCAGAAAUAGAGUUCGAGGAGAUCAUGUCACGGAACAGGACAGUUUCUAGCUCCGCGAUAUCAAGGGCCAUCUCAGAUGCAGCUACAGGUGAAUUUUCCAGUGCAAUUGAAACUUUAGGGACUGCUAUAUCUCUAAUCAAGCAGUCCAAGAUAUCUAAUGAUGAUAGGUGUAAAAUCUUGAUAUCCUCGCUCCAAGACACUUUGCAUGGUGUUGAAGCCAAGAGAUAUCAAGCUUCAAGUAGGAGAGAGCGUUCGAGGUCACGUGAUAGGGCUCCUCAUAGAAGGUCUCGAAGAAGUAGGUCAAGAGAGAGGAGUCGUGAUAGGUAUUACGGAGAGAGUGGUGGAAGCAGUAGUUAUGGUAGAGAGAGGUCCAGGAGUCGAGAAAGGGAUCGAGAGAGGAGCCGUGAUGACAGUUCCAGGUAUUACGAAGAAAGAUACCGGGAAAGAGAAAAGGAAAGGGACAGGGACAGAGAUCGUGAAAGAGAGCGUGAAGGAAGACACUCAGAGAGGGAGCGUGAAAGAGAGAGUACAAGGACUUCCUCGAGACACUAA